CGUCACUUGUUAUGGGCUAUGUAAAAAAUCAACAGGUCUGUCACCAUGACCAAGCCUAGUGAGGCAUCAUACAUAAAACACAGUGGGAGACCAAAGAACUUACGUUUCAUCAAUGAACAGCAACAACCUGCGCAUUGAAAUAUCAAGGACUGGGCUCUCAGACAAGGGAGGAAUUGUUUAUAUGAAAAUGCCAAAGUCUGAGCAAGUGAACGUGAUGAAGGCAUUGUCUAUAUCCAAUGCAUUUCAUUUCCUGUUGUCAGGAGCGAAGGCGUGUUUGUUUCCAUUCCUUACACUGUAUUAUCGACAGUUAGGGCUGACAGCUACACAGGUUGGGAUAAUAUGUGCAGCAAAAGCAUUUUCUGGACUUAUUUCAACACCAAUGUGGAUGUCCUGCGUGAGUCGGUUCAACAAGCAAAGAUUUGUUCUCCUAUUUUCUCUAUUCUUUAUGAUUGCUGCAAAUCUUAGUCUUCUAUUGGUCCCUGCAGGCGAUGAAACAAAUGUACUUCAAUGUGGCGCGUCUCUCAAUGCAACAUUCCCACCCAUACAUAGUGGACUAACAACUUUGCCUUUAACCACUAUUCAGAAUGGAACAAUUCAACUUACAACCAAUACUGUCUCAAUAUCUAAAACCGUCUCAACUUCUACGACACCAGAGUCAUCCACUGGUGAGACUACAAACAGAACCAGUGCCUUCACAUCGUCUUCCACAACCACAACUAGCACGACAUCUGUGCUUACUAGCACUAGCACCUUGUACACUUCCAAUGUACCAAAAACUGUGCCUUCAAACAAUAUUGCUGACAUAGUAAAGCCUAUAACUUCCCCAAGGCCAUUACCUGAAAAAUCAGACAGGACCACUCCCAGUCCCAAUGCUAUAUUUGAUGCAGAUGAUAAGCAACAUCAGAAAAAGGAUGAUACUCUUCCAAGCCUUACAGAUUUUUUUAAUAGAAAUCCAAACGGGGGACUGUCUCCUCUACUUCCUUUUGGGAAUGAUGGACUUGAUCCUGAUAGUUACCCUAAGACUGAUAAAGACUUGACUGAUAAACAUGUUAAAGGAGUCCCAAUACCAAGCUCUACAAAUAGAAAUUCCUAUGGCAAAUAUUCCAAGAAUGAAGAAGAUGGAAUUAAUCCCAAAUAUGAUAAAUAUGGACAUAUUGUGAGUGGCAAGAGUGGAGAAUCUCAGAAAAAUAGAAUUGCUGAAAAAGGAGAACAGUCUGAACCAAGAAUCAGUCAAUCUUCUGCCUCGAAGAAAUAUAAAGCCUCCAUAGUAUGGAAUCAAUUACAACAUUGGGAGAAGUCCAAGCUUAGAGAAAUAGGCAUAACUCAGGAUGAUAUUGAAGAUUCCGAUCUAAGUCUCAAACAAGUAAGAGAGUUGAUUAGUUAUUAUGAGAAGCUGGACACUAACAAUAAUCUAGAGCUCUUACAGAAUAUAAGGAAAAAUAAUUACGGCAAUGGAAAUCGUAAGAGACGAGGAAUCGAAAAUCUGAUUGAUACAUUCCAAGCCAAGUUUAGGAGUUUGCAAGAUAAAGUAAACCAGUCAAAAUACAAGGCCUUCAUCCUGGUGCUGUUCCUUGUCAUUCUUGGGGAGCUUCUCUCAUGUCCUGUCAACAAAAUUGCUGAUGGAGCAUUAUAUGAUUUUCUCGACUGUGCUGACUCUUUGGAAAAAUUUGGCCAAUAUAGCGUGUACUCAUCAUUGGCUGUUGCCCUGUUUGCUUCCAUGAUUGCAUCAAUAGUGAAUGGAACAAGUGGAUGUGUAUUCCAUAUGAACAGUUUUAUGCUACAUUUCUUUGUGUUUGGCAUUAUAGCUGGUGUUGCCUUCAUUGUGGCGUUUGUCUACCCAAUACACCAAGCAAAGAAGGAGGUUGUUCGUCACAAGCAAUGGAAAGCUUUCAAAGUGUUGUUUGGCACAUAUCAUAGCGCAUUCUAUGUAUUGACUGUAUUCAUUGUUGGUGCUCUCUUCGCUGGGAUUAACAACCUGCUUUUAUGGUUGGUGGAGGAUAUAGGUGGCAGCGUACUACAAAUGGGACUUGCAAUAUCGGUGGCAGCCCUCUCUGAGAUUCCUCUACUCUUCAUUAGUAAAGGUCUUGUAAGGAAACUCUCCAACACAGCUGUAGUGGCAAUAGCAAUGGUUGCAUUAAGUGGUAGGUUUAUCUAUUAUUCCUUCCUUUGGAACCCCUGGGCUAUCCUUCCUAUUGAACUCCUACAUUCCCUCUCAUUUACGGCACUUUGGGCUGCUGUGAAUUCAUACCAGGGGUUUGAAGAUCAUCCGUCACUAUCAUCCAACAUUCAUGGUAGCCUACAUGCUGUAUAUACCGGAUUUGGAUAUGCGCUUGGGAGUCUACUAUCCGGUUUGGUGUAUGAUCACUAUGGCUACAGGGUGUUGUAUGAUGGUUCUGCAAUCAUAGCUAUUGUGUGGUGUUUGGUGUUUAUUGCCGUACAAAAAUGUUGUAAACACCCAGAAAGUGUUGUACGCUACAAGAGACUAAGUUCCUGGCAAAAUGAGGAUGAAAAUAGUGAUACAUCUGCCAUGUUUGAGGACGAUUGGUUGGAGAUAGCACUUCAUGAUGACACAUCCAAGAAAAACAAAAGAUUUGAUUCACCUUAUAUAAAAUAGAUGGUGUCUUUGGAGAAAAGAUCUGACAUGAAGGUAGUGCCAAUCAAUCAGCAUUACAUAUAACUGUAACUGUAUAAUAGAGUGCAGUGACCUAUUCUCCAAAUGAUGCUUUUAGCAGAUGAGUAUGAGCAUAAAAAUAUGCAGAUUUGUCAAAAUCCAUUAUUUCACACUAACUAUUAAUCCGUAAAUGGAUCAGAUUAUAUUAAUACCAUGGGCUUAAUUUAUCUUGAAAGCCCAUGUUGAUUAAUAUUUAGUUGCAUGACAGGACUCUCGCUAGGAAAUAUUUCAGUUUUUGUUGAAAUAUAUUCAUUGUAUUUGAAGAUUAUCAUGCUACUGUAAGUUGGGUUAAUUGAUGCUUGUUUGAUUUUGCAAUUUUUUGAUUUUUGACAUUUGGCAGAUUAUAUUUCACAUCAGUAAAGCUGCAUAGGCGUAGCCAGUGGGGGGGGGGGUUGCGAUGGGUGAUAUCGAUAUAAGAAGAAAAGAGCUUUAAAAUGCUUUUUUGGUGCAUGAAGUUCCUAGCUCAAUUUUGAAGG